AUCUCUUGGAAGGCGUUUACUCCCUCUCUCUCUCUCUCUCUCUCUCUCUCUCUCUCUCUGAGAUAAGUUGACGUCGAUCGAUUUUCGUCAUUGUUUUCGGAUACGUCAUGCUCAAACCUCUGGUUGUUUGCUGCAAACCUUGGAUGGCAUGGUCGACCGCGGCGGUUUCAAGUAGGAUUGGACGAUACUUCCUGGCUUCAGCCUUUAAUUUACCCCCGACAAACGACCGAUCACAUUCGUCCCCUCGUGCCUGCAGCCAACUCCACACGGGGAUUCUGUGUUCUCUUCGGGUUCUUUUCCUACUCUGCUUUGCUGCAAGUGUCUAAUUUAGGAGCGCGUAAAUAACUACAGCGUAUGAAAGCGCUGAUAACCGAAGAACCCACGUAGCGAAAGAGUCCUCUUGGUCGCAGAUUGAGUGUUUCGA